AAAGUGCCCCUCUCCAUCUUGCCAGCACAGCCAGCCGCCGCCGCAGACAUCCCCGCGCCUCCGCCUAGUAGCCACGCGACCAAGGCACGCGCCCAACGGCGGCUCCCCCGGCGCCCCUGCCCUCCUCGGCGGGCUGCCAGCUCCGUUCUUCCUGGCAGGCAUCAUCACCGGCACAGGGCGGGAGGGAGGGAGGGUUGGCCGGCCGGCCGCCCCCCAGGCUCUCCCUCUUUUCUCCCGCAGGAGGAGGAGGCGGAGGCUGCUGCUGCCGCUGCCGCUGCCACCACCCCGCCAGCUCAGCUGCCCCGGAGCGACCUGGCCCGCGCCCAGCUCCAGGCCGCUCUCCGCCUCACCCCGAGCCCGGGCAGCCAGGCCGCGACGUCUCCCGCUGGUCCUGGGAGCGGUGCAGUAGCACUUCGCCCUGCCCCUCGACGAGCCCUGCACGGUGCAUCUGAGCAUGCUCAUAAGCAUGGGGCAGGGUAAAGCGAUGCUACACAGGUCUCUGGGGAAGGAGGCGGUGGCCGUGUGGCGUCAUCAGAGUGCGCCAGAACCCAAUGUUGUCGUGGAGGCGGAAUUACGUAACGCGCGGCAGGGUGUGUGAACCGGAAAUGAGCCGGCAUUGUGGAAGCCGCGCCGCAGCAGUAGCGAGAGCAGCCGUUCAACUGAGGCUUCGUUCGUGGCCCCGGGAGUUCGGAGGAGCAGCAGCAGCAGCAGCAGCAGCGCCUGGGGGUGCGUCCUGCGGAUCCAUGGGCAGGAAGAAGACGGAGCUGCCCGACAGAUGGACCGAUUACCUUCCUCUUGGGAAAAGGAUACCUGGGACACGCUUUAUUGCUUUUAAAGUUCCUCUCAAGAAGAGCUUUGAAUGGAGACUUGCCCCCAAUGAACGCUUUUCUCCGUUGGACCUUCUUAAUCAAGUUCGAGAGCAACAAGAAGAGCUUGGCUUGAUUAUUGAUUUAACAUACACCACUCGAUAUUAUGAGCCAAAGGAGCUACCAGACACGCUGCAAUAUUGUAAGAUUUUGACAGUUGGACAUGAAGUACCAGAUAGUGAGACAGUUUUUAAAUUCAAAAGUGCUGUGAAAAAGUUUCUGAUGGAGAAUCAAGACAAUGACAAGCUUGUUGGUGUUCACUGCACGCAUGGCCUGAAUCGGACUGGCUACCUAGUCUGUAGGUACCUAAUUGAUGUUGAAGGAAUGGACCCAAAUGUGGCAAUAGAAAUGUUCAACAGAUGCAGAGGACAUUCUAUAGAGAGGAGGAACUACCUUGAAGACCUUAGAAGAGGAUCCAACAGAAGGAAUGGCCACCAUGCAUCAGCUUCAGGACAUGGCUGGAUUCAAGGACCCUUUGGCCCUGCCCCACAUCGUGGUGUUCAAGUGACUGACUACAAUCCCCAGUCUCUGCAACGGUUGCCAUUGAGAGCCCCAAGAAGACGGCAUCAUACCCAGAACCCGAAUCACAUCACCUGCUCUGACAACCAUCAGUCUGGUUACAGUCCUCAAUACCCCCCUAGAGCCAGCACCGUCCAACAAAGAUGGGACUACGAUGUAACGCCCAGCCACAGGCCACUGUACCCACCUUACCAGCAACACUUGCAAGCAUAUGAAGGACCGUAUUUUCCAGGGCAAAACCCUCAUUAUCCAUGUCAACAAGGAAAGUAUAAAAUAGACAGACGUGGUCAGGACCAUUAUUAAUAGGAAUGUAACUGGACAUGAACUGCAAUUAAGGGAAUAGACAAACGCUUCCUUGGUUGGUUGCUGACUUGGCAGAUGGGAUCUUGCUGGCUGCCUGGCCUGUACUGGGUUGCCAGUCUCAAAGCUGCACACCAUUAAGCAUCUGUUUACAAACAAGAUGUAGCCCACUGAAAGACUCGCAGUGGAUAAAGAUGACUUCUAGGCUGACCUCCCAAAAUGUGUGUGUGUCUGGGACAUGCAAACCUCCCUGCUGCAGAAUGUUGUACAACAUGUUAAGCUAAACACAAAUGUUAAAUACAAAAGACCUCCUAAUAUUGUGGCGGUAAUGUUCAACCACAACAUUGGAAUGCAUGACCCAGCCCAAAGCAUGGGGCUAGGUUCCUUAGCUGGCCUGCUAAACAAUAACACAGCUCCCUCUGCUGCAGGAAUAACAGCUCUCUAUUGUGCCAGCCUCAUUGUGGGGAAGAAAGUUGCAGUCCACUCUGGUCUGCCUGCUGAGAGGCGGGGAGAGUGGAUCUUUAAACAUUAAACCCCCCCGCACAUCAGCGGAGAAGCCUGUGGGCUGUUCUGGCAGGUUUUAAAGUUUAAAUCUCCACUCUUGCUGGGUGGAUAUGUAAACUUUAGCCCCCAACCCCAUCCGAGCAGCCUGGACACUUCUCAGCUGACAUGCAGAGCAGUUUGAAUAUCCAGCCCUUCGUGCCAGCUGAGGAAAGGUGUGAGAGUGGAUUGCUUAGUUAUGGAUCUCCUGGAGCAGCCUCUCCUGGUAGCAUGCUACUGUAUACUCGUUUAGUUGGAGGUGGGAGAAAACCUGCAAAUAACUGAAAGCUACCCCAGUGAUAACUAAAUUGGUAUAUAAGGGAGGUGGCUUAUGAAUGGGCAAAACCACGGGAAAGGAACCUGUGAUAUUCGAGGGCCAGCUGCAUGGCAUCCCCAUAUGUCCCCAAGUACUGAUGUGGUUCUGAAAUGAAUUUGUGCCCUAUAAAUCCAUUGGAUCUUGGUCUGUCACUAGUGUCCGGGGCUCGCUCACAUUAUCUUUGCAGCCUUGGGGCCUCCUGUUACUGGGUCCAGUUGCAUCAGGAGGGCUGUGCUAGAGCAGGAAGUAAUGAUGUCACUCUGCUGGUCUUGUGUGGUUCCUCUUUAGAAGUCUUGUGGAAGCAGCACAGGACUGGACAGUGUGCAAGUGGGCUCCAACCCAUCAAGGUAAUAUGUAGGUCUGGGUUGAAGAGCAUUUCUUCUGGAUUUUCUUCAGGGUUUUUUCUUAAGAUCAUCCUUCACUUAGAGCAGGCUUCACUUGCCUGGGUCACCUGGAGCUAAUUCUUUGCAGAUACUUUUACUCCCCUCUCGCUGCUUGUGGUCUUGGUUGUGUGUGAAGUAGAAACUUGUGGAAAUGGUGCUACUCAAAUGUAAGGCAAGGCUGCAGGUGUUUUGUGCCAUUAAGGGCAGCAGGUCUGACUUGCACAGCCAAAUCAACCAGGAAAUGAUCUUUUGCAAGCCCGAAUGAAAUAAACCGUUCAUUUCCAUGAAGCUUGCAUAGGCAAAUUUCCCUACAGUUGAUGUGUGGUGUUUCUGCAUCUUAACAAUUGGAAAUUCAAUGCCUCACUCUUCCAAAUAAAGAUUCCCUUACAAACUA